AUGUAUCGCUUCACAAGCAUCUACCAAGACUCAUCGUGCGAUGGAGCACCAUCGGGUGUUUUCGUUCAGCAGAAGAACGAUUGUAAGAACCAAGUUGCAUCUAGUGGAUCUCGCUGUGCCGCCGUGUACGACGACACCAAUAAUCGUGUCGGUUAUGUGAACGAGAUGUGUCAUGAAGGACGACGCGAAGAGGGUUUCAUCGAGCUCUUUGGUACGCAGCCUUUCAUGGCAUACGACUACUACAGGGGUUCGGACUCAACAUACGAGAAUUCAGUUGCCUAUCAACUUGCUGGCGAAUGCAUGAAACUGUACGAUGGCUAUUCACCGUUUGGGAGCGGUACUAUUUCGAUUUCGGAUGGGUUUGUACUAUGCAUGUCAAACAAGGGAAACACUAGCAGUAGUGCACUUAACUGUCCUGGUGCGAGCGGCCUCGACUACAUCGAUAUUGAAAUUCCUGUCUCGGAGAUCAACCGCUGCUAUAAUGCACCCAACGUGGACGGUGCAUUUGUCUUUUAUAAUAGGAUCUCCACAGUGGAGUCCUCCAGCUCCAGCUCGGGUUCGUCGAUCACGUAUUCUUCAAUUGGAAGCGGACUGGAUGUUGGAUCGGAGGAGGAAUUUUCUAGCUCAGGUAAUGGCUCCGUAUUCGGAGAUUUUAACUCUGGUUCGACAGCAACCAACCCGUUAGGCUCUAGAAGCAGGUCGGACUCGUCUUCAAACGAAAGAGGCCUUGAUGUUGGAUCGACAGUAGUUGUUACCAUCGGUGCUGUUGUUGUCGUCGUGAUCAUCAUUUGCAUCACAAAUGGUACUGCUGGGACUGACAGCCCUACCGAUGGAUCCACGAGAGAUUCCAAUCUCUGGGAUGACGAUGCCAUCAUUGCUACCCGUAUCCCCCGUGAUCAAAUAAUAAUCGGAACUAUGAUCUCUCGUGGUGGAUUCGGAGAGGUCUACCGGGGACAGUAUAACAAUCAAGACGUCGCCGUCAAGAUGCUGUUUUCUGAAAUGCGGAAGGAUCUUAAAAAGGGAGGGGAUCUCCGUGCGUUGUUAAAAGAAUUCGAAGCGAGAAAACACCCUCAGGGCAUUGACGACAGUAAAAUCUGCAUCGCUUCUCAUAUCGCCCAAGCGCUUACUUACAUGCACUCGUUGUCCCCGGUCGUGAUUCACCGUGACCUGAAGUCGAAAAAUGUGUUGCUCACGGAGGACCUGGAAGCGAAAAUUACUGACUUUGGCGCUUCGAAAGAACAGCAGGAUCAAACAAUGACCGCAGGAGUUGGUACCAUGCUAUGGAUGGCACCGGAAGUGAUGAUGGCAAAGCGAUACUCUGAGAAGGCCGACAUCUUCUCUUUCGGCGUUCUCUUGUCUGAGUUGGACUUGCACACGCUGCCAUACUCCCACGCCAGAAUUGAUCCGGAAACCGGCAUGAAGCUGCCGGACGCGGUUCUUAUCCAGAAGGUGGCGUCGGGCGAUCUGAGGAUCACAUUUUCGCCCUACUGCCUAGACUCUAUUGUGAAAUUGGCGGAGGAAUGCGUCGCGCUGGACCCGGCAGCUCGACCUGGAGCCCCGAUGGUAAUGUUCCGGCUGCAAACGAUCGUGAAGGAGUCAUCCAGCGAAGGCUACCUCAGUUAGGAGUCGUGCACAAUGAAAGUGUUACAACAAGCACGGUUUGAAAGCACCGAUACACGUAUCUCCUAAAAUGUUGGUUUAAACGAACCGAGU